UGUCAUUUCAAAAUCUCUGUUCUUCCUCUUCACGAGGUUGCACGCCUAGUACUUAGUACCGCUUCUUCCAUUUAUUAUUACUACAUACACCUUCCUUCUUAUAAACAAACACUCUUCGUCUUUGUUACAUUGCAUGAGAAAAUGUCCACACCAAGAAAACCCAAAUGGCCCCAUCAUCCACCACCUCCUCCAACUCCAAGGAUUCUCCAUUUCCCUCGUCGUCCUCGCCGGAGACUCCCUUCCUCCUCAACCACCCGGAGGGACCCCAACAUGUUAGGGACAUUGUUUGAUAGAGAGAAACGUGCACCUGCUGAGCCUCCUAUCAAUGUUCCGGUUGUGAUGUUAGAUCGUUGUGAGGAGAGGAGGGAGAGAGUUGUUAUUGAGAGAGGUGAUGGAUCGUUGUUGGAGGAAGAGAAGUGGAAGUUUCAAGCGGAAAUGCUGAGAGCUGAGUGUAAUUUGUUGAGGAUGGAGAAAGAGAUAGCUGUUAAGAAGUUGGAAAGGACUCGUUCCAAGAUGGAACGGACUCUAAGAUCUGCAGUUCAUACCCUUGUUUCUGGGAGAAUAAAGAUUUGUGAAGGGAAGAAUAUGGAUAGAGUUUUGGAUGAAGAAAUUCAUGAGUUGACAGACAAACUUAAGAAGUUGCAAAAGAGAUCAACAGUUAAGGAUUUUGAGGGAAGGAGGAAUAGCAGAAAUUUUGACAAACAAGUUUCUGUUCUGCAGAGACGGCUCGAGAAGAUCGGAGGACCAUCCGAUGGAAUAUAUUUGAGGGAGUUUGAAGAAAUGGAAAAUGUUAGUUUGUCAUUUAAAAGAAGUAGCAGAUUUGAUGAUAGUGUUGUUGCAAGUGGAAAACUAAAUGUGGAGAUUCUGAGAAGGAAAAUGGAGGGAUUGUCAAAGGGGAUAUUAUUAGAGAGAAUGGAGGAAGAGUACAAUUCACUGCUUCUGUCCACUGCUAGUAGUUCUGCUUCAACUUCCAAGAGAGUUGAAUUUCAAGUACCUCAUCAGGAAAAUUUGUCAUGUGAAGCAAACCUGUGUUCAGGACAUUGCAAGACUAUUGUAAGAAGAAUAGUGGAGCAAGUUAGAGUUGAGACAGAACAAUGGUCCCAAAUGCAGGAGAUGCUAGGCCAGGUGAGGGAAGAGAUGGAAGAACUGCAGGCUUCACGAGAUUUCUGGAAAGAUCGCGCCUUGCAUUCUGAUUCUCAAAUCCAAUCUCUACACAAUGAUGUGCAAGAGUGGAAACAAAGGGCUCUUUCAUCAGAAAGUAAGAAAAAUGAGAUUGAAGCAAAACUUUCCAUGCUCUGUGUUGAUUUUGAAAAGUUCCAGAAUGAACAAAAUGUAGUUAAGGGGACGAAAUGUCCACCGGUUCCAUUGGAUACACAGAAAGAGUUUGAGAAGCGAAUAGUAAUUUGCAGCUCAAAGGAAAAAAGUAGCAAUGUUACAGAAAACAGAAAACACGGUGAGGUUUUAAGGAAUGGAGAAAGAAAAACACAUGCUGCUAGAGGUGGACUACUAGUUCCAAAACGAAUGCCGUUCCAAGACAUUGGGAACAACUCUUCAUUGUUGACGAGGCAGCAGAAUGGCAAAGCAGUUUUCCCUUUGCAUUGCCAUCUUUCUUCAAAUGCUGAGAAAACUUAUCACUUGAAUGAACGCUGAUUAGUUCUAACGUAAAAAUUACAUGUACUAACAUUAUCAGGCGAAGAAGGCACACAAUGAUUUAUGUGUUUCUUGUUUUAAGAUUGGUGGUUUGAUAUCUGUCAUGUAAUAUGUACCAUGCUUAGAGAAAUAAGGUCAGCAUCCUCAAAGGAAGAUAAAAGUGUAUGCUGUAUGCUGGCUUGAUAUUUAGGGUGUGUUUGGAUAAAUAACUUAUUUAAGAGUUUAAUGGUAAGCUCUCAUCAUAUAAGUUCUUAUGAAUAA